AAAUUCAUUUCCUCGCAAGCAUGAGAAAACGCCAACGCAUUUCACUAGAAUUGAGUGCUGGAGGUCGGCGAAGGCCAGUUUUGCAGCUUGACCGUCCUCUGGCCGCUCCAUCCUCGGCAUUAGCAACUCGCACACAGCCCAAUUCUGCUCCCGUCAAAGGUUUGCAUUCACACAUAAAUCCCGAGUUUUCACUAUGCCACAAUAUAGCACCAGUUGGCUGCGAGAUUGGAACGGCGUGUGAAGUCGCUUUGCGUUGUAUGCUUCAGAGGGUCUCACACACGAAAGGACGCGGCGGAGUAUAAGUUUUUGCCCGAGCCCUGCUGUUUGUUGUGAUUGUCUAAAUGUCCGUUUCGAUCUGCAAUAUGCUCUUUUUUAUAUGAAAAGCAACCGAAGCGGUAACUCAAUUGGCUGGUUUGAGUGCCUACGAUGAUAGCGACGAGGAAGAUGAUACAACGCAUGGAAAUCAUCAAGGUAGGGUGCCAUGGGUGUGAAGCGAAAUGGAUCUCGAAUGUAUUUGCAAGGGUUGUUGCUCUGAUGCAAAAGAGAACAAACGUUUGUAAGAGUCGGAGCUGAAUCCUAAGUGCCCACUUGCAACAUGGCGUUCGCGGCAGCGCACGCACAUUUGCCAUAAGCAAAUGUGGAGCAUGUCCUUGUGUCGCAACAGAGUGGGUGGGACUGAUCUCUGGCUUUCUUCCUUUACGGAAAGGUAUAGUUGGCGUGGCUAUGAGGAGAGGCCCACAAAAGACAAUAAUAGAGGAACACGGCUGAUUGAGCUCUGCUGUGAUUCAAUUCAUCGUACAGGUCAAGCUGCAGAAAAGCCUGGUGACAUGGAUGCAGUGUUUGCGGACUUUAUAUCAGAAAUUAACGCCAUGUCUGACCCUUUCACUCAAACACUGUCCGAGGCUACCUCAAUUGGAUCAUCAUCAGGCAUCUCCUCACAUACCAAAUCCGCGAGUGGGCCUGCAACUUCUGUAAAACCCAAAGAAUCUCGAUCCCCUGAUCGGCCGCUUGUCGCUCUCUCAUCAUUGCCUCCAAAGUUUGCAACCGCAUUGAUCAAACCUAGCCGUUCAUCUCCACUGCAUCGCCGCACCAAUACCCUUCUAUCGAAAAUUGCCAACCUGCUCGCCCUCGGUCCUGACAUGCUUCCAGUAGAGCUCGAGAACGUGACUGCCUGCCAAAAAGAACUCACGUCCCGAUUUCUGGAUUGGACUCGAGGGGCGCUGCAUAGUGGGUACUUUGAAGAGAUCUUAAAGCAUUGGGAGGUGGAAGUUGUGCCGGCUGUGGAGAAUCGUGUCGCGCCGCAUGGAUGGUCUCUGGAGUGGGACGCACGGAGCGAAGCAUACAGUUUCAAGUGCGCGGAAACCGAUGAUAUAAGGUGGUCUCAUCCUCUGAAGAAGGAAAUGGCUGAAAUUUCGACUCCCGUUCCGCCGCCUCUUCCCCCACCCCCGCCACCUCCUCCUCCUCCACCUCAACCUGAGGACGAGCAGCAGAAUAGGAAGGAAGUGCAUAUGGCCAACAGUGCACACCCAAGUAAAAAAGUGACAACUUUGUUUCAAAAAUGGAAGGCGGCCGGUGCAGAGCUCAUGAAGGAUACCGAUGAAACCACGGCGCCUGAAGAUUUAAACAACUGGGCAAAACGACAGAUGCAAAAGGACGCAGUGGCCUUCAAUCCAAAUUUUACGCCAGUGCAGCCACGUACGCGCCGUUGACAUUGUUCCCUUGAACAUUCAUGGUUUAUCCAAAUUCAAGCAUGAGCAAGGGUUUGGACUGAUUAUGUAGAUAUAAAUAAAAUCCUAAAAUACAAAGUGGAAAGCGUCGGUAACGUUUACUGUCCGGCUUUGCAGCAAAG